AUGACUCGACGUCGUCGUCCGCGUUCUCCGGACUGCCUAAACGUCUUCAACUCUGAAUUUGUUAACAAAAUGCGCAUAGAAAUACUUGACAUAAUUCGGAAUGAAGUGGCUGGUAUUAUUAAGGAUCUAAUAUGUAAAGAAUUCCGAGCUGUUAGGGAUAAUAUUAGUGAAUUAGAAAAAUCAGUAAAAUAUGUCGGUGACAAGUAUGAUGAUAUAGUGAAGUCCCUGUCCAUAGCAACCGAGGACACUAACUAUUUAAAAACAGAAAACUCCUCUCUCCGUAGCGAUCUUAAGGAUAUGCAAAAAAAAGAUCUCGAUAAUGGAGCACGAUUUUGCUAA